GCCUCGCGCAUGGGAGGGGGGCCCCCCCGUUGCCUGGCCUAGCCGCGCUGGAGAGCGGGCGAGCCGCCUGGACUGGGGCACCGAAAAGCACCAUGUGCUGAGACCCUCUUGCAUCCUCCCUGCAAAGCCCCAAGGAGCCCGGGCUGCCCCGGCGGGGGGGGGGGGGGGGAGGCUUUUGUGUCUGCGCGAGGCUGCACCCCCCUCCCCCCCCGUUCCUGGGGAAAUCCACCUCCGCAUCUUCCCCCGCGCCGCUCCCCGGGUGUCCGUGAGUAAAGGAGACGCCGCCGUGUCUGUCUUAUUAACCCCCCAGAUCUGCAGUGCGGGGCUGGGGAGGAAGCCGAUGGUCUCCGGACCCCUCCCGCUUCCCCUUCCCCAGCCCAGCCGGGCUCCGGCGCCGGGGAAAUCGCGGCUGAUUUAUUCUCCGGGGCGGGGGCGUGAUCCUCAGCAGGAAGCAAAAAAAAAUCCGGAGGAGGAGAAGCAAAAGCGCUGGAGGAAGCUGGAGCUGAGGAUGUAGCCCCGCGAGGAGCGGCUCCCCGGCAAGGGGACCCCGCAGGAAUCAUCCGGCAGAAUGAGGACGUUCCAUGCAAGGUUCUGACAUCAUGAAGGGCUACCAUGGGGAGCGCAGCCAAUCACAGAGCUCCACAGGGCACCCAUGUCCCUGCAUCCCAGAGGACUGUGACCAGCCCAUGGAAUACAUCCGCCACGGCCAGGAAUCCAGGCAGUCGUACCUCUUCAGCCCCAGUGAGCCUUGUUCUUUGGAUCACCGCUACUGCCCCUCUCGGAGCCCGGGGAUCCCCGCCGAGUGCCCAGCUGGGCCGAUGAGCCUGACCGAGCCGCUCUCUGCCAGCAGCAGCACCUUCCCCAGGAUGCACCAUACGCAGCAGCAGUACGACUCCUGCGACGAGUGCAUGGCGGCCACCCACCCCUCCAGCAAGAUCAACCGCCUGCCCCCCACCCUGCUGGACCAGUUCGAGAAGCAGCUGCCGCUGCACCAUGACGGCUUCCACACGCUGCAGUACCAGCGGGCCAGCACCACGGAGCAGCGCAGCGAGAGCCCCAGCCGCAUUCGCCACCUGGUCCACUCCGUCCAGAAGCUCUUCGCCAAGUCUCACUCCCUGGAGGCCCCGGCCAAGCGGGAGUACAACGGCACCAAGAUGGAGGGCCGGGGGGAUGGGUACCACCAUCACCACCAGCACCACCAGUCCCGGCACGGCAAGCGGAGCAAGAGCAAAGACCGCAAGCUGGACUCCCGGCACCGGCCCAAGAUGAUGGGCUGGUGGAGCUCUGACGACAACCUGGACAGCGACAGCAGCUACCUGGUGUCCGGCCGGCACGCCGUGGACCAGGGCACCCAGUACUGCGUGGAUGCUCCCGAAAGUGCCUUCAGAGACUUGACCUUGAAGAGUCUAAAGAGUGGGGGGGAGGGCAAGUGCCUGGCCUGCGCUGGCAUGUCCAUGUCGCUGGACGGCCAGACACUGAAGAGGAGCGCCUGGCACACCAUGACAGUCAGCCAAGCCCGGGAGGCAUAUCCCAGCUCGGGAGGCAGCCAGGAGAAAGCCUUGGUACUGCAGGAGGCAAAAGCCAAAGACAGAGGCUACCAUUACCUUCAGGUGCCACAGGACGAGUGGAGCAGCUACCCAGCGGUGGGGAAGGAUGGUGAGAUCCCCUGCCGGCGAAUGCGGAGCGGCAGCUACAUCAAGGCCAUGGGGGACGACGACAGCGGUGACUCAGAGGCUAGUGCCAAGGUGUCUCCCAAGGGCUUGUCCCGGCGAGAUGGCUACCGCCGCUCCUCCAGCGUAGACCAGGCCAGGACCAAGUUUUCAAGUAGGCACUAUUCUGAUUCAUAUAUCUGUAACUGUCCCAGCUGCUGCACCCCACCCAGAAUGCACCCUCGGGGACAGGGCUACGGACGCUCCUUCACCACUGGCCAGAUCAACGAGGAGCUCAACCACCAGUUUGAGGCGGUCUGUGAGUCCGUCUUUGGCGAGGUGGAGUCCCAGGCUGUGGAGGCGCUGGACCUGCCGGGCUGCUUCCGCAUGCGGAGCCACAGCUACCUGCGGGCCAUCCAGGCGGGCUGCUCGCAGGACGACGACUGCCUCUCGCUCUUCUCCAUGGCCGUCCCGCCCAGGCCAGCCAUCACCAGCAGCAUCCUGAAGCCCAGCACCUCCUUCAGUUACCGAAAAGCGCCACCAUCCCUCCCUCCAGGAAUCAAAGCCAAGCCCCUCAUCUCAGUCACGGCACAGAGCAGCACUGAGUCCACCCACGAGAGCUACCUCCCCAGUGAGGUCGCCCGGAGCCCCUCGUGGUCCAAAGACGCCGUGGCUCGCUGCAACUCCACAGAGAGCUUGGAGAACUCCAAGGUGACAGCCAUCUCCUUGGAUCUGCCUCCCGUCCAGCCCCGGGGCUCUCCCAAGCCGUCCACACUCAUCAUCAAGGCCAUCCCGGGCCGGGAAGAGCUGAGGAGCUUGGCACGGCAGAGGAAAUGGCGCCCGUCCAUCGGAGUUCAGGUUGAGACUAUAUCUGAUUCCGACACAGAAAGCAGGAGCCAGAGGGAAUUCCACUCCAUUGGGGUGCAAGUGGAAGAAGACAAAAGGCGGGCCCGGUUCAAGCGCUCAAACAGCGUGACGGCUGGUGUGCAGGCCGACCUGGAGCUGGAAGGCUUCACGGGCCUGUCGGUGGCCACAGAGGACAAGGCUUUGCAGUUCGGGCGGCCCUUCCAGCGGCACUCCUCAGAGCCAGACGCAUCCAGCCGGCAGUACUCGGUGUUCAAGACAGUGCACACGCAGGGCCAGUGGGCCUACCGGGAGGACUACCAGAUGCAGUAUGACACUGUGGAGGUGCCCCGGCGGGACUCCUGGAUCGAAAGGGGCUCCCGCAGCCUCCCCGACUCCGGCAGGGCCUCUCCCUGCCACCGGGACGGGGAGUGGUUCAUUAAGCUAUUGCAGGCUGAGGUGGAGAAGAUGGAAGGCUGGUGCCAGCAGAUGGAGCGGGAGGCUGAGGAUUACGACCUGCCGGAGGAGAUUCUGGAGAAGAUCCGGAGCGCCGUGGGCAGCACCCAGCUCCUGAUGUCCCAGAAGGUGCAACAGUUUUUCCGACUCUGCCAGCAGAACAUGGACCCUAAUGCAUUCCCCAUGCCCACCUUUCAAGACCUGGCUGGAUUCUGGGACCUCCUGCAGCUGUCCAUCGAGGAUGUCAGCUUGAAGUUCGCAGAGCUUCAGCAGCUCAAGGCCAAUGGAUGGAAACUCAUUGAGCCUAAGGAAGAGAAGAAGGUCCCUCCCCCGAUACCAAAGAAGCCGCCGCGCUCCAAGGUGCACCCGGUGAAGGAGCGCUCCCUGGACUCCGUCGACCGGCAGAGGCAGGAAGCCAGGAAAAGGCUCCUGGCUGCUAAGAGAGCUGCCUCCUUCCGCCAGAACUCAGCCACCGAGAGCGCAGACAGUAUCGAGAUCUACAUCCCCGAGGCCCAGACCAGGCUGUGAACGGAGCCCUGGCUUUUCUACCCACACUGUACAGAGAGAGUACAUAGCUCACUGUGAUGGCCAGGGCCCGAGCCGCAGGGACCCCCGGGGGCAGCUCUCGGCCCACUCACAGCUUCUCGACUUUUUAUCAUCUACGAUUCAUGGAUCCGACAGCGAAUGAACACGAGCCUGGUUCUGUCCUGCCCUCAUGCUCCUCCCCGUGGGUCAGGGCUCUCCCCCACCCUGCCUGCCCACAAGCCCCUUCCUGGCCUUUCCCCAUUGCCCUCUCUCUGAGCCCCCUGUCGGCCCUGAAGCCUUUUCUGCCCUCCAUCUCCCCUCCUUCUUGAGGCCCUGUCCCCUUCCAAGCCCAUCUCCCCUUCCCUGUACACUCCCUGGUGGCUUCCUGUACCCUCCUUUCACAUCUCUUUGUACUUUGCUCCUUGCAGCCCCCCUCUCCUUCGUGUCCCCCUCUCCUCAUGUCCCCCCUCUUCUCCCGCCUUCCCCCUUAUGCUGGAAAGGGAGGAGCCCCCCCAGCUCAGCUGAUUGGGGGCAGGCAGGCCCACCCCUGCACCUCCGUGUGUCCUCCCCACCACGGUCGCGCCACCUUUAACUUCUCUCAUUUCCUCAAUUCAAUGCAAACAAAGCGUCUUGCGGGGGGAAGCACCGCCGAGCUCCAUGCUGCACCAGAGGGGGCCUGUGCCAAAGUCACCAUUCCCGGAAGCCCGGUGGACCAGCUUCCCUUGCUGGCAUGAGGCUUCGGGCCAUGGCAGGCAUGAGGGGCAGUCCCUCCCCGCACCCCCACCAUGGUUCAGUCCCAUCCCUGCCUCUUGCUUGGGCACCUCGGGGAAUCCAUGGUCAUAGACCUCUAUACAUAUAUACAUAUAAUCGAAGGAAUAAAACAAAAACUACACAUGACCACAGCUGUGUCCCUGCUGGUGAGACUGGGAUCAGAUCAUCAGGAAAUCCGUGGCAGCCGCAAAACCAGCCGCUGCUUUCCCUACACUUACAUCGUCAGUAAGAAUAUGCUAUGAUUUCUCUUUUCUUUCUUUCUUUCUUUCCCUUCCUUCAAGCGUGAAUCCUGGACCUGCACUGGCGUGCAUCCGCUCGCCACGGAAGGCUAGGAGAAGGUCAAAACUUGGAUGGUCACUUUAUUUUCCAUCCCUCUUCGAUUUCCCCACCAGCUGCUGGUCUGACUAGUUUAUCCUGGGAGUGCAAUUCGAGGGUGAGGUUGGGCGGCGGGAGGAGCAGGUGUCUUUGGAGCAGCGUUUGGUUUCUGUCUAGCAAUGGCAAGGGCUGGCAGAAGCUGAGGUCUUUGGGGUUGGUUUCGGGUUUCCCUUGCUGCUGUCCCCUCUCCCAUUAGACAGGGCAUAGAAACAAGCCUGGCCUUUCAAGCGACCAAUCCACCAUGCAGGGUAUUGGUCCUGAGCUAAGUGCAGGACACUGGUUCUGACCCAUCUGCAUCUGGUUUAAAGACACGGCUGUCGCCAGGGGCCAGGCCGGAGCAGAUGGCAGGGAAUGGCAAACGUGCCAUUGACAACCCAUCUUGCCUUAGGAGGAAGAGGAACCCGCUGUUGCGUCCCCAGGGUGUUGCUGGGCCGGCUCCUUGUGUUGUAUUUACCAGUGUUAAGGAAGGUGAGAGAACCCUUGGAGCUGUUAACCGCACAGACGGAGCUCCAGCAGGCGAGGGUACUUGGGAACGACGUUUCUGUCGUGGGCAGGGGGCUCGGGGGCUUCCUGUGGGGUGAAAUGCGGGUUCGUUGUUACUUGCCACAUCUGUUCUAUAUGAUGAUUUCAGAGCCUCUGUUUUGGGGCUUCUCAACCCAAAGGUCACAAACCCCUGGUGCUGAAUGGGGUGGGGGUCUCAGCCAGGUGGGAGUGGCUUCUGGUAUGGAAAAGCUUGAGAACGCCUGUGCAAUAGCAGCCAUGGCAAAGGUGACGCUGCACUCACCGUGUGGACCCUUGAGCAUUGGAGCGGGAGGUUUUAUUCCAGCCGGGCUGCGAUGGGGCUUGCCAUGCCGGCCCUGCCUGCCCAGCCCAUAGCGAAGCCCUUCUCCUACAGUGCAAACUAACGGGAACGGUAGGCACUCAGGAGCGAGCCACGCCAAUGCCAGCCAGGCCCACUGCCUCUUGGCCCUUCUCCCUCAUCACAAACGCUCUCCAGCCCCUUUCCCUGCCCUGCCCUGCAGCUGCCCUGCGGGGGGCUACCCAAGCCCUCUGGCUUUGCCAAAGCCUCAAUUUGGCUCCUGCCGCCCAGUGGUGCAGCCAUCAUUUUGUGACCCUUUCGGUGUCACCUGCUGCUCCCAUCCUGGGGACCCAUGUGGGCUCACAGACGCCAGGACAGGGCCCCUCCUUCGCAGCAUGGUGCCCUACCAAGCAAGGCAGCUGCCCUCGCUGCUGGCAGCCGGGUUAGGCCACAAAGAGUGUGGCAGGGCCAAGGCCUGGAGGCCUCAGUAGGUUCAGCCUGAGUAAGGACUGGGGCAGGUCAGCAGGCAUUAGCCUUCAGUCUCUAUCUGGCCAAUAGUGCCCAGGGACAGCAGCUCCUGGUGGUUGCGUUCCAGGAACCGCCCUCCCCGGUCAGUCACUGUCACUAACGCCAGCUGGGAAAGUGACUUGGAAAAGCAAAGCCCUGGCAGGGAAGGGCAAGUGGAACUGGAGGUUGCCAUGGUGGUGGGACUCUGGCUCGUGGCCUGUGGGUCAUCACCCUGCGCCUCAUGCAGUCCUUUACCUCGCAGCAAAGCGAGUGUGAAAUGCGGCCGUUCUGUUCGGUGAUGCCUACCCCCGCUUUGCACUGGUGUAAAAGAUAGGCCCUGGGGGGCGAUGGAGGAUUGGGACCCUGCUCUGUUCAGACCACCUCAGUGACGAUAACCUCCAGCAGCUGUACCAGCUCCCUAGCUGCCAGCCCCCCUCGGAGGCCGGGUAAGUGCCGCUCUCCUUAUCAAGGGGGGAAAUGGAGGCACAGGGAGCCCAGGGACACGACUCCAAAGCUCCAGUCUGUCAUUGGAGACAGACCCAAGACAUGAAUGUGGGUCUGCCCUUCCUCAAGCUGAGUUCCUACUUGUGAAAGUGGCAGAUAGGAUAUCACAUUACAAGAACCCCCUCCUCCAUGGGCAUCCCAUCCUCCAUGAUAUGGCAUUAGCAGUGCCCUGUCCUCCUGGGUAUCAUGAGGAAUGCCCUCACACUCAUGCUACAGUAGAGGAGGUGCCCUCUCUUUUGUGAAGCUGUAAAGGGGAUGCCCUCCUCUUCCUGGCAUGGCUGCCAUGGUACCUUUCUUCAGGGCUCAUGGGGUGACCCCCCUAUAGCACGAAGCCAUCAGCCCUAACAGCACGUAGAUGAAAUGUGCCUGGGGAGCCCAUUGUCCACCGCCCCCUCUGCACAUCGUUACCUGUACGCAAGCCAAAGGUUGGGCUCCACAUUCUUCAUAUUACCCACCGUGGGCACCUUCUCCACGAGGCUGUAGUCCUGAGCGUGCCGAAUGGAGGGGGUGAUUUCAGACCAGGCUAGGCCCUCUCAGGUGAGGUGGUAGGGGGAUAGGGCAUAAACAGAGGGGCCCUGUAGGGUAGGUACCCGCCAGGGUCUUGGAGAUCAGAUGGUCCAAGUUCUCCCCUGCUGGUUGUCCUGGGUUGUCUUUCCUCUCCUUUUCACUCAUUCUGCUCCCCAGCCCUGCAGACCCCUCCUUCCCCCCCCCACAAAGUACAGUCUGUUCCACCUGCCCUGAUGUCUGUAAGGCUGGGGAGCAGAGUUCACCCACUGAGCCAGGUGUCCUGUCCUGGAAAAAUGGGGUUGCCAAGCCACACACUCUGAAAGUUCAAGGAAACAACUCAGUGCUGCCUUCUCACAUUGUCCCUCCUUAUAACUGGGGAGCCCCCUGCACUGUGAAACCCUUCAAGGGGGACCCCCCAUCUUCUUGCCACCCUAUGAUUGUACCAGCUCCUGCUCCCUGCCCACUCAGCUGUCUUGGAGACACCCUGCUUCAGACAUGAAGAGGGGAGGAAAGAUCCCAAGAAGAGUGGCUAAAGGAGCAGCAAGGCAAGGAGACACCAGCCACAGCCUAGGUGGCCAGAUCUCUAGGGCAGGGACCGUCUUUUUCAUGAGCAUACAGCACCUAGCACUAUGGAGGCCCCGAUCCCUGACUGGGUCCCUCAGGCGACAAUAGUAAAUUUCAGCCCAAGGGGACAUCCUGCUUGGUGCAUGCUGGGAUUCCUCCCUGUAGCACCUGGGACAGGUAGGAUGUACUGAGAGACGGGAGAUUCCACAACCAUAUUGGCUUGGGCAGGUGGAGGGAGGAGAGCUUAAUUCUACCAAGAGCAAUGCACCACUCACCCCUGGGGCCUUUACAUCCCCCCCUUGGAUGGGAUCCAUACCAUGACCUGGUGCUAAACGCUCCCCCGGCCUCUGUUAUGUGCCUGUCCAGUUGGGAGGGUUUGAAAGAAUCAUAUCAUGGCCUCAAGUUACUACAUUAAAAUAACAGGUUUCAGAGUAGCAGCCAUGUUAGUCUGUAUCCACAAUAAGAAAAGGAGGACUUGUGGCAACUUAGAGACUAACAAAUUUAU